AUGACUGGCCGCAUCCAGCCAACGCUUAUCCUCCUAGGAAUCAGAUUGGGGAUUGAUCAUAUCACACCGGUGUAUUGGGACGGACUACGAGCUGCACUGCAAUACCCCCAAUCAGUUGGUGUGGCAGGCGGGCGCCCUUCUGCAUCCCACUACUUUGUAGGAUCUCAAGAUUCUCACCUGUUCUUCCUCGAUCCCCACUCUACUCGACCCGCAACACCAUAUCGACCUGAUGAACCCUACACUUCAGAGGAACUUGAUAGCUAUUACACCAGCCGACUUCGGAGAAUCCACAUCAAGGACAUGGACCCCAGCAUGCUGAUCGGAUUCCUCAUCAGAGAUGAGGAUGACUGGGCUGACUGGAAGCAACAAAUUGAAUCUACUCCUGGGCGACAGAUCGUGCACAUCUUCCCUGGACACGUCCAGCCAGAUCAUGGCCAUGGUCGCGCAGGGGCGCUUGAUGAAGUGGAAGUGCUGGAUGACUCAGAUGCACUGGAAUAA